UGUCUGUCACAUGUCUGUCUCUCGCUCUUUCAAUAGUUACAUCCAUUCUGCCAGGCCAGGCCAUCCGCGUUUAGGAUAUAGCACGCAUAAAGAGAGUGAGGGAACAAAAGAAGAGUGAAGACAACACAGCGAAAACGCUAAAUCUAGUCGGAAUCAGAGGGGAUAGAUCAAGUGGAUCAGAUGAAGAGCACGACAAGCUGUUGAGCCUUGGAAGUCAAGGAAAAGUUUGAACAUCGUGAAGGCCCUGGGGGCAAAGAUGUCCUCAUCACGAGGGGCUCGUCGCAUCCCCUUCGGCUCGCUCACCCCUUUGUUUCAAUGACAGGGAAGAAAGCACAACUGGCAGCGCCCCAUUUCAGAUAUUGCGCCUUGGAUGUGCCCUGCUGGGUGGGAAUCUUCUGAGAGCUGCAAACAUGCGACUGUGGUGGAUUUUACUGCUAAGUUUUUGGAGUGUUUAUGGAGAACUCCCAUUCAUAGCAGAGAACAACGCUGCCAUGCUGGUCAACUGGAAUGCUGUGGAUGGGAAUAAAAAGCUGUUUGCAAUCUAUGACACAAGCGCCAAUGAACCAGGAAACAUGUCUUUUGUCAAAGAGACAGUAGACAAGCUUUUGAAAGGGUAUGACAUUCGUCUUCGACCAGACUUUGGAGGUGCACCAGUGGCAGUAGGCAUGAGCAUCGAUGUGGCGAGCAUAGACAUGGUGUCGGAGGUCAACAUGGACUACACAUUGACCAUGUAUUUCCAGCAGUAUUGGAGGGACAAGCGGCUAGCAUAUUCUGGAAUCCCUCUCAAUCUUACUCUAGACAACCGGGUAGCUGACCAACUCUGGGUUCCUGACACGUAUUUCCUAAAUGACAAGAAGUCUUUCGUCCACGGUGUCACGGUGAAGAACCGCAUGAUCCGCUUGCACCCAGAUGGCACAGUUCUUUAUGGAUUAAGAAUCACCACCACUGCCGCUUGCAUGAUGGAUCUGAGAAGGUAUCCAUUAGAUGAACAGAACUGCACUCUGGAGAUAGAGAGUUAUGGAUACACAACAGAUGACAUCGAGUUUUACUGGAAGGGAGGAGACAACGCAGUUACUGGUGUGGCACGUAUCGAGCUCCCACAGUUCUCCAUCGUGGACUACAAACUUGUGUCUAGAAAUGUUGUCUUUUCCACAGGUGCCUAUCCUCGACUAUCUUUGAGCUUCAAGCUAAAAAGAAACAUCGGCUACUUCAUCCUGCAGACCUACAUGCCCUCAAUCCUGAUCACCAUCCUGUCCUGGGUCUCCUUCUGGAUCAACUAUGAUGCCUCAGCAGCCAGAGUGGCAUUAGGUAUUACCACUGUGCUGACCAUGACCACCAUCAACACCCACCUGAGAGAAACACUUCCGAAGAUCCCAUAUGUCAAAGCCAUAGACAUGUAUCUGAUGGGCUGCUUCGUCUUUGUCUUCUUGGCUCUGCUGGAAUAUGCUUUCGUCAACUAUAUUUUCUUUGGACGAGGGCCUCAGAUGCAGAAGAAACUGGCUGAGAAAGCUGAGAAAGCCAAUAACGACCGCAGCAAGUAUGACGGCAACAAGUCUGUUCAAGAGGGAGGCAACUGCAAGCCAUCAUCUGUUAAACAGUCCAAUCAGGUACAAGGCAACCGUCACUCACGAGGGGUGGAUUCCCAGGGAAAUAUCCUUCUGACCACCCUGGAGAUCCACAAUGAGGUGGCCGGGAACGAGGUCACCACCAGCGUCAGCGAAGCCCGAAACUCCACUUCAAUGGUGUUCGAUAACUCAGGGAUCCAGUAUCGCAAACAGAGCACAGCGCGGCCCGAGGGCCGCCACAGCAUGGAAAGGAGCACGCAGUCGAAGAAACCGCGGCUACGCAGACGCUCUUCCCAGCUCAAAAUCAAAAUCCCUGACCUCACAGACGUGAACGCCAUCGAUCGAUGGUCACGGAUAAUAUUUCCCGCUGCUUUCUCUCUUUUCAAUUUGAUCUACUGGCUGUAUUAUGUGAAUUAGGCCUCAGACGUCAAUGGGGUUUUUUUUCCCCAUCACAAUUUUUUCAUGUUGCCAAGUGGAAAAUUAUCUUCUUCUUUUUUUUCUUUGCUCUGACGCACUUAAGGGACGUACUUCCACGCCACGUAAGCCGAGGUUUUUCUACAUUUGAACCCUUGUGAUGUUGCGAAGGGUUCCGAUGGAAUGCUACCUGCACUAAAACGGGCCGUCUCAUCAUACGCCCCAUGCUCAC